UUCGUUUUCCUCACAAGGAACACACAUUCUUUAUCAUCUUUUUUUUUCCCCAGAAAUGGCCACUUUUUCUCUUUCUGCUAAUCACAUUCUUCCUUCUCUACUCCAUGCUCAAUCCCCUCAAGCCAAUCUCCCUCAAACCCUCAAUUUCGUCCCCAAAUCUUCACAAUCCCAGUUUUAUGGUCUCAAGCUUCUCCACGCCUCUUCCCUUUCAAAGCCCUCAUUUUCUUCCUCUUCAACAAAAAGCUCCAUUUUUGCUAAGGUAACUAAGGGUUCAGUGCCACCAUCAUUUACAUUGAAAGAUCAAGCUGGAAGAAAUGUGACCCUCUCCAAGUUCAAAGGAAAGCCUAUUGUGGUUUAUUUCUACCCUGCUGAUGACACUCCUGGUUGUACCAAACAGGCCUGUUCAUUCAGGGAUUCAUAUGAGAAAUUCAAGAAAGCCGGAGCUGAAGUUGUUGGGAUUAGCGGUGAUAAUCCUUCCUCCCAUAAGGCCUUUGCAGAAAAAUACAAACUUCCAUUCACGUUGCUAAGUGACGAAGGCAACAAUGUAAGAAAAGAGUGGGGAGUCCCUGCAGACCUCUUCGGUGCAUUGCCUGGGCGACAAACUUAUGUUCUUGACAAGAAAGGAGUGGUCCAACUCAUCUAUAACAAUCAAUUCCAGCCCGAAAAACAUAUUGACGAGACAUUGAAGCUACUCCAAAGUCUUUAAGGUUCUAUAUUUCAUCUUGUAUUUAUUCCUUGUAACCUAAUAAUAGUCUCGUGACCUCAACUUUAAGCCCCAUUGGCUGUUGAGCAAUAACGCUUUUAAGUUCCAUAGUAAUUUGAAACGGAAAGGAUGAAAA